CGCUAUCCGCCACCUACGGCAAAUGCCCCCAGGGGCCAGGCAGUCACCACCGGGACAACAUCACCCCGUUCAACAUGCCCAGCAAAGGCCUCUCUGUCUACAGCUAUAUCGGCGUCCCCGGGUACGCGGUCGGCUUUGCCGUGCCUCAACAGGAGGUGCUGCGUGAUGCAUCCCACAACUUUACCAGCCAUCAGCUCGAAAUUGAGUCGUCGAAUAUUCAGGGGCUCGACAACUUCACCGGUCGUUAUGAGUGGACUGUAUUUCGCUAUGGGGAGCCCGUGGCCGACGCACAUAAUGACAUCAACACUCUGACUGGCAAGAUUGAAGGAGGUACGAUGGUAGCGACGCAGGACUUCCACCCGAUUAUCACCGAGGACGCCAUCAUCACCUACGGCUUCUACGCGGCGGGCCACGGUGUGGUCGGUCUCACCAACCGCCACCAGUCCUAUGUGACGAUCUGCUCGAGAGAAAACCGCUCCUGGAUGGGCAGCGUAGCUCCACCAGGCUCCCCAGCUGCACAGCAGCCCUUCUCGCGCUUCGUGCUAGCCGCGCCGCACGACAACGGGAUGAACAGCAUGAUGACAUGUGAUUCGAUCUUCGAUCAUUUAAAUACGGACAUGCUGGCGGUUGUCCGCAAGCUGGUCCCUCUGUUUGAGCAUGUCAACCACGUCCCGGACCACUUCCUCAUGCAGAAACUGCCGCACAUCGUCUACGGCCUCUCCGUCACCCAGAAGAAGACCAUCUCCAUCAUGCUUGCUAUGGGAGCACGGUACUUCGAGUUCCGCCCAGCCAAGCUCCUCCCCAUGUUCCAGAAGGUGUCUGCCUUGCGAGACACAUUCUACUUCCAGCACGCGUGCAUCCCGGGACUUGCUUUUGACGAGUUCCUCCGCGAGCAGGUCGCCUUCCUCGAUGAGAAUCAAACGGAAAUGGUUACAAUCCACAUCCGGUGGGAUAACAUUGUGGCAGACUGUAAGCGACCGACAAUGGACGAGACCACUCAGCUGCUCAACGAGGCAUGUGCCCGAGCAAUUCGCAGCCCUCUCACCUGGGGCGCGCGCGAGUGCUUUGACCAGCCGAUCGAGGAUCUGCGCCGCACAGGAACUCGCCUCAUCGUUGUCAUCGAUGCCGAUAAGUACGAUAGCUGGACAGCCAAGGCAUAUGCUACGCUCAGCGCAGACUCGAUCAUCGGCCGUUUCGAGACCAUGACUACCGAGGGCCAGGAGAGCUCCGACCUGACUAUCCUGCAGUGCCAGGCGACGUCCCAGUCCAUCAAGGAAGUGCUUGUCUACAGCGUUGUCUCCGCCCAGGGAGCCAGCUCCUGUCUUACCUCGACCAAGGGAAUGCUCGACAUGCGCACUCUGCCGUGGAUUAGAGAGAAUGCUCUUGACAGGUUGCGCGCUGAGAAGACAAUUGUAAUUAUGAAUGACUUCAUCGACGGAGCAACUGUCGAUACGUCUAUUCUGCUGUCGAAGCAGCGACUUACCUUGUAAAUUACUUUCCAUACAUGACUGGUGCAUGUAUGUCUCAUAGAUCGCGUGGACGAUUAUCAUUUGCUUUGUCACUAGAACAUCAUACCAUAUUUACUUUGUG